AGGGACAUUUUUCAGCCUUAUUUCUUGUUCUUUAAGUCUUUUUGUUUGUUUGUCUGUUCAGUAUAAAAACUGAAAUAAAAAAAAAUCCUGUAUCUGUAACGAGUUUUCUCUCUUGGGAAUCGGAAAAACUGGAAAUGUCAGAAAAUUUUCAGGUCAGGAGAAGUCGGUAGUAAUUGCUCUUAUAGUGAAGACUUAUUUCUUUUAAAAAUCUUAGGAAUUAAGCGUGGAAAGACUUGUUAAUAAGUACAUACUUGUGUGCAUUUGUUGUAUAUUUCAUAGGUAUUUUUGUUUUAUGAUUAUGAAAAGGAUGGUUUGAUAAUGUCAUGAAGGGUGUUGGUUAUGAACUGUACGUCAUGUUUCCUCUGUACCAGUUACGCGCAAUCUAGCGCUCCGUGUUAGUUGGACACGGACUGCACACACCGGUGAGGAAUAAAUGUUCAUGCAACCCAGCUUUUAACACCACACAACUUUUCUAGUAAUAACACCUUGCAUGUCAUCUUAUGCUGUCGGCAUCUUGGAUGGACAAUCAACAUCACUUAUUCCAGCUGUUGGGCAGCGCGUUUUUUAUUCCAUGAGCUCCUGGAACACAAGUUAGGAAUCUGAUCGCGUCGCAGAGACAAAUGGUAUGGUUUUCAGCGUAGGUUUUGGGGUGUCCUGACUCGGAAUCGCAUAUAUUCUGACCGACAUGGAAAUUACAUACGGUUUCGUGGUCGUCGGCGGGGGUUUAACGGGUGUCCUCAGUUUCAGCUCUUUAGCGCUCGCCAUUGGAACUGAAUACUGGUACAUCAUCGAGGACAAGCGCGCGAACCACACUGACCCGGCGCGCACUAACUCUGGACUUUGGGGAGUAACAGAUGAUGUCCAAAGUCAUACAGAGGACACUGGAUAUUCAGAAUCAGAAAGGCAGAUGGAAAUCAUGCAUAGCGUGAUUGCCAUCUUACUGCCCUUGAGUCUGGUGAUGCUGGUGUUUGGAGGUAUCUGUGGUCUCGUCAGUUCCCUAGCAAGAAGCCGGACACUCCUGAUCGGAUCCGCUUCAUAUUUCCUCCUGUGCAGUCUUCUCACUCUCUCUGGGGUGAGUCUGUACAUCAGGUACUCUCAGAAGGCUCUGGAAGAAACUGAAAGGCGGAUGGGCCAUGAGCAAAUGGCUCAAGUGCACACAUCAUUCGGCUGGUCUAUGGGUAUGGCCUGGAUCUCCUUUCUACUGGAGGUGAUCACUGGUCUUCUCCUACUGCUGGCUGUCAGGCUGGUGCCUUUAACCCAGUAUGAAGAGUCUGUUGCUCCCAUAUAAAAACUCGUCACAUCCUUGAACCAUACAUUUCCAUUUCAGGCAAGGUAGUCAGUAUUUGUCAAGGUAAGGUCUCCUCUCUAUCUUACAUUGUUAGCAAAAAUGCAGAUGAACAUUACUGGUUCAAAGUUUGGACACAUUUUAUUAAUUUCCGUUAUGAUUGUUUUACACAUUUUAGAAUAAUAGUAAAGUCACCAAAACCAUAAAAUAACACAAAUGGAAGUAAAUUUAAAUGGAAAAAAAUAAUGUUGUAAAGAUAUUCAUACAAAAGCAUGUUUUGUAAUUCAAAAAUAAUUUCACAUGCUUAAGAUGAGAAACAUUACUUUUCAUGAGUAGUGUAGAGCUGGAUGACCAAAUUGCCCUUUGCAAUAUAUUAUAACUCUGUUAUGUAAAUUUUUAUUCAUAUUAUAGAAUAUAGACCAGUUCAGAGGUCAACUGUCUGGCUCAUCUUUUGUUGAUAAUUUAUACUGUAAUUGCUAGUAAAUUUCAUUUGUUUACACUUAUGUAAUGUUAUUUUCUUUUAUGCUUGGCUCCUGCUUGCCAGUAUUCGUGUUUCUGAUUUCCUCUUGCUGUUAUUAUCCUUGAUUUUACAUUAUGAACGGAGCAAGUAACAGGAAGUGUAACUGUAUAUUUUUACAGCCAUCCAUUGUUCAUUAAAAAUGUGUAGUUUAUGAAAAGGCCUUUCUGAAAGAAAUUCAUUUAAAUUCUGCAAUUUGAUUUGCUUUACAGUGGGUAUAAAAAAGAAUGACCCCCCUUUAAAAUAAUCAUAUUUUAUUGCUUUGCAGCCUGAAAUGAAGACGGACACAGU